GCUCAGCCUACAGUGUGGCUUAAUAAGAGCUCUGUCAGCCAGAGAUAUAAAGUCAAGUUACCCGGCGUAGCAUGGGUUGUAAACGAGCUUUUGCCUGUGUGAUUUCUUGUUUUAAAACAGGAAAAUAAUCCAAGUAAUCCUGGAAGUCCUUAGCUUCUGAAAUCUUCACCCUAGCCGUGAGGCUAAAAGCGUUAGCAUGAACCCCAUCUGGAGUGGGUGCGAAGGCUCAACAACAAGUCGCCAAUUUCAGGGCAAUCCGUUCCUUUGAUAAAAUAACGAAUUCUGCAUUACAAUGUCUACUGACUAAAGACUAUAGACUGUCUAAAUGUCUUAAAAUCCACACGUUUACUCAAGGUAACGCUGUGUCAACAGGUCCCCACCGCUACUUCCGGAUAGGGAAGUCAGCGAAAAGGCCUACAUUUCAAGAAUAGGUGAAUAAAAUCUUAAAACAUUGCCUCAUCCCACCACGCAGUGCUGUCGCAGGGAGUUUUUUCAGCCUAUUACAGUGCACAAACUCCCGACAAUGGAGUUCAGUUUCACUUCUUCCACAAACGUCUUUUAUUUCGACAGGGAGCCCCAAGGUCAACUCAAGAAGGCACGUAUUGUACAUUUAAAGGUGCAAUAUGUAAGAAUUUAUUUGAACACAUUCAAGGAUGUCUUCAAAUCAUCAACCAGAUGUGAAGAAAGAUCCGUUUGGACAUGACAUACAGCCUGGCCAUGUGUUUUGUUGCGGAGAUAUCUACUUAAGUUAUCUAGAGGUGUUCAGUUAUUUUUAGGUAGUCUCAGUAAAUAAUAAAUGCAUGAAGACAAGCCAUUCUACUUUCACUUUCUUUCAUAGUUUGAACACCGUGCCACUACAUGCCAAUCCGGUUCAGUGUUUAACCAUUUAUCAAAACAUCAGCUGGUAGAAAUCCCCCAGCAGUUCCUGUAAGUGUCUUGUGUUCAAAUGAAGUCAUUUGACGGAGGAAUCGAGGAGAGGAAGCUUUUUGGGAUGCAAUGGCAGCCCCAUCUACAGGCCGUCCAGUGGUAGUCAAUGUUGGUGUUCUGUGGAGGUUCCAGGUGAAGCCAACACCACCCAGACCUCCACGACUACCAGUUGGAGUCACAGUUGGAUGUGUCAUUUUAACUCUGGUACGAGUCAUCUUCGGUGUUGUGUAUUUCAAGGACUGCCCUCAGCAGCCGAACAUCCCCAACUACCUGUUGGGUCUGGCUUUGAUACCGCUGUUGAUGAUACCGUUUGUGACCCUCCCCUGUGAGAGCCAAGCUGCUCAGCCACAGGGGCCACCCAGAGGUUUCAAAGCCUGUCUGGGCUGUUUGAUGGCCCUAUUUAUCUUCACGUGGAUCCUGGCAGGUGACGUGUGGGUCUUCUCAGUCUAUCAGCCCAGCUACGACCCGACAGCGGCUGAUGGUCUGUACUGUGAUAAGACCCUGUACACAUUUGCUCUCUGGAAUGCAGUGUGGGAGACGUUUGCGUUGUGGUUCAAUCUGGCCAAACUCUGCAAAGGACUGCUGUGUUGGGUGGUGAUGAGUCCUGCACCAGCAAACAGAGACGUUUACGGGCAUGUGUGAGGCAUGGAUGGACAAAACUAAGUUUAAUAUAACUAUUGUUAUAUGUAGCAUCUUAGGAGGCAAGUUAAGCAUUUUAUCCGUGUGAGUGUCCACAUAACACUUACUGUCAUUAUUGAUUUGUUUUGUUGAUAUUAAUCCAUACAAUGUGACUGCAUAUAAAAUCACCAAGUUGCUUGUUUUGUCUCACCUGCUUAGUCUGAUAUCAAUGAUAGAAUUUAAUUAAGUACAUUUACUCAAGUUCUGUACUUACAGACAGCUAUCAGGUGCUUGUAUUUUACUUUACUAUUUUACUGUAUUUUCAUUUUCUGCUACUUUAUACUUCUACGACAUCUUGGAGGCAUAUGGUAUACUUUUCAGUCCAUCACAAUAAUUUUAAAAGUUGCCAUUCAUUAAUUUAUAAAACAGUGUGACAUAAAUAGAUAUUCCUGCUUUGAUUUGGCUCUUUAUUUAUUUACCUUUGUAGUUAACUGACUUUUUAUUUACUUCCCCCCUUUACUUUUCCAUAUUUAUUAUUCUGUUCAUUUCAAAAUAUUGUUAAUCAGCAAAGUAAACUGUGAUUCUGAAAAUAAUAUCAUCUUAAUAACUUAAGCUUUUUCUUUUGAUGUUUAAGUAUAUUUAUUGCCAGAAACUUACUUUGAAUCAGAUACCAUUUGUAUGGUUGGCUUUUAGUUUUACCAAAGUAAUAUUUUCAGAAGACAUUUUUGCUUUUACUCAAGUAAGACUUCUGAAUACAAUUUUCAACCCUGUUAUUGUCAAAGAAAGAAUGAAAUCCUACUUAUUUAGAAGCUCUUAUUUUUUAGGUAGUUUCUCUCUAGACUUUGUUAAUGUUACACUUCUGAGCAAUGUAUUGUUCCAUUAUUACUUUUUAAAUGUUAUUUUCUAUAAGUAGUAACUACGUUGUCCUCAGAAAGAUGUGUAAAUCUGUCAGACUUUCUAAAUAGUCUAUAUGUGGGCUAAUGUUCAUUAGUAAUUGCAUUUUCUCAUUGGUUUUGUCAAUGUAAUAAUUGUUUUGGGGGGUUUAAUUGUAGGUUUUAAAUAAAGUUUGACAUUUUAUGAG